AUGGCCGCGGCAUCAGGUUCGUCGAGCGGCAAGGAUGCUCUCUCGCCAAGGGCGGCGAGGGCGCGCAUGGAGGAUGCCAUGGGGAAACUAGAUCUCACGGAAGAGGAGGCAGCGCCAUUGAUCCUGGAUGAUGUUGAUGACGGCGCAAGGCCAGUCUGGGCGAUUGCGGGGAAGGUUCUCCACCGGAAUUUGUUGCAUAUUCAGACGAUCACCAAUGCUUUGCGCCCGGCUUGGGGAAACCCUAGAGGUCUGGUGUUCCGAUCGGCUGGUGAGAAUAUCUUUGUGGCGGAAUUUGAGACUCAACGCGAUCGUGAUCGCGUGUGGGAUGGCUCACCAUGGCAUGUGAGCAAGCAUGUUGUGAUUCUCACCGAGUUCAAGGAGAGUAUGCAGCCGUCAGAACUGCAAUUUGACAAACUCAGGAUUUGGGCUAGGGUUUUGAACCUGCCGUUCAAUCUGAGGAGUGACACAAGGGGCAAGGUUGUGGCUAGGCAAAUUGAUACGAAUGCAUCUGCUGUCCAGUUUGAUCCCGUUGGGGGGUUCCUGCGUGCAAGGGUGACCAUAGAUGUAAGGAAGCCUUUGCGCAGGUGGAUCUUGAUCGACUCUGCGGCGAGAGGCGGCAGGGAUUGGUAUGACAUAUAG